AUGAACCAACCCCCUCCUGACUCUGCGCGCCGUGCAUCUCAGGGCAGUAGUGGCAGCCCCGGCCACGGAUCCCACGAGAACUCAGCUCCCCCUUCUUUUGGCACUCGCCAAAUGCCUCCACCGUCUCCUCCUUACUCCUACGGUUCGCGAUCACAAUCAGCGAACGCGCCCACCAAUUCCUUCUUAUCCCGCGAUGCUCCACAUAGUCAGGCCCAAAGACCAGGCAGUAGCAUAUACGGGGCCGCCCCGUUUUCCCGGCCAUCGGCAACCUCUCAGUUCGGCGGUGCGCCUACACCAGCAUCUGCAGCCAUGUCACCACCUACCGCCCCAGCACGGCCGUCCUCAUUCGACCAGUCAAAUUUGCGCCGAUCACAUACACCUGAAAAGUCGUUCUCCAGGUCUCAGCAGGGUCGGCCUUACCGAUCUGGGUCGGGCGGAGGAUCGAGUCUACUGAGUGGUGAGCAGAAUAGAUAUGGGGGAUUCUCACAUGCACCGCAAUCGCAGUUCCCCGAGAAGCCGCACUCAACACACCCAUCACCUCAAAUAACGGCUGCCGAGCCUCCCAACAGCGAGCCCCGACGCAUGAGUUUCAGUGGGCCCAUCGCCCGACCGAGCAGUCAACCACCCAAUGCCGAGGCUUCUACGCGCCCGUCUGGAUACAGCCCACUGUCACGCCCAAACGCAGGUGUGGCAGAUCGUUCUGAACCUGGUCGACGGGCCUCUCCGGCCUCCUAUGCUGGCCUUGAUCCUCACGGGCGGGAUCCUCAUGGUCGUUUUGGCAGUCUCUUUGGGGAUCGCCGCUCGGAGGAUGUCUCACAACGCGAUCGAGAGCGGGCUUCGCACGGAGCCGAACCAAAAGGUUCAUUUGCCAGUUCAGCGAGGUACGGCUCAUCGAUCUAUGGCAAGAGAGAAGCGCUCGAGCGUCAGCCAACAGUCUCGACCUGGGAGCAAGGUCGCUCGCAUCCGCCCUCCCCCGAAAGUAAACGGUUCCCUGCACCGGAGGCUGGGGCUGGAUUUGGGUUCGGUGCCAUCCAGAGCUAUACCAAGUCUUUGGGCUCUCAGCCUGGUGGUAGCCGUCAGCCUCCGCUCUCGCUACAAACUGGCCAGAGUCAGCCCUCUUCCUCUCCUCGCGAAUCGCUCUAUUCAAAUAAACAACCCCAGCCUCCGCGCUUGGGAUCUAACCCGAAUUCGGCUUCCUCAUCCGGGCCGAACACGAUUGGACUGGGUGCACUUGGAGAAGAAGGUCGGCGCAAGGGAAGUGAGGAGCUCCUGCAGCACCGCAACCUGCUAUCGCUGGGUGCUGAUGUUAAACGCGGUGGCCGCGCAUCUCCACUUCCCCAGGCUGUGCAGGGUGCGCAGGCGCCGUUCAUCAACCCUUCUGGAGAACCCGGCAUCAAAAAUGAAUUGGGACGAGUCUUCUCUGGAAUUGGUAGUGGUGUUGGAGGUGUUGGAGGUAUGACAGGAGCAUCUGUAGGCAGUGGACCGUCGACGCCGCUUAUUGCAAGCCCUUUUAAGCGUGAUAGCUUCAAUAGCCGUCCUGUCAAUGGAGAAGCUGAUGACAAGACUGCACGCCCAACAUCUGCCUCUGGCACAAGGAGGGCAAGGAAAUCUCGGGAUGAUGAUGCUCAGAUGGAGUUGGAUGGCUCAGAGGUCUCUGGUCGAGCAGCUCGUCGCUCACGUCACACCCAUCCUCACCACCAUCAUCACCAUCACCAUCACCACCGUCAUAAGGCGGAAGAGGAAGCUGCCGUUCUCACUGGACUGCAUCGAUCUCUGUCAUCUGUCAAUCCUUUCAACCGUACGUCUACUCCGGCCGAUGUCGUCGCUGGGCAUCAUCACCAUCAUCACCAUCACCACCAUCAUGCGCCUCGGCCUGUUGCAGCCGCAUCUCCCAUCCGGGAGCCACGCACGACCGUGAACCUCGAGCCUCUUCUAGCGAGCGUGUCUCAUUUGCCACGUCAACACCUUGGUUCCACACUCUACAAUCCCCGUAUCGGAGUUCCAUCUGCCAAGUCUUCCGCAGAGAGCUCCAAAUUCGGCUACACUUCAACUCCCCGACCUCUUCCUCGAUUUGAGAAGCGCGAGAAUUGCACAUUCACUGUUCGCGUACCACGAUUCCGCAUUGACUCGACCCACCGCGAAGAGAUCUGUGCACGACGAGCCUUGUGGGGCACCGGUGUCUACACUGACGACUCGGACCCCGUUGCCGCUGCUAUCCACUCGGGCUACAUUCGGGGUGCUUGGGGCGAGGAUGUUGAUGAGUCCAUGCUUGAUCUGGAAAUCAAGGAUAUCUACCAACAUGCGCCGCAGUCCACCGCAAACAAACCCGCGGAUGGCAAAUCGGACUCACACGAGAAAGAGGCUCGUCUGCCGCCCGUCCCUCCUCCCGACCAAGACCUUCACAUAACACUCUUAAUUCUACCUCGUCUCGAGAAGUAUGACUCGACCGUGAUGUUUGGCCUCAAAUCUCGAAAAUUCGAGGGCCGUCACGACGGCAUGAGUUUCAUGGUGCAUAGCGUGGACUGGGUCGACGACGGGGUUGGGCGCGGCGAGGAGCGAAGCGGCGAAGCCCGACGCAAGCGUUUACGCACUCUAAUGCAGACGGGUCGCAUUUGCACGGGGCCCGCCAUGGCGAAGAUGGAUGAGCUGCGCCGAAGCGGAGUGCAGGUUCCCCGGACUAUUGAUGGCCAGGAGCAGCCGACACAUGUCCAGCCGGUCUCUUAA